CGUCACCGGUAGCCACACCGCGAAAGCAACAGCAAGCAAGAUUGAUCGGUGAGUCGCGAUCAGGUAGCUACCAGGCGGCCAGCAGCAACCAGGAGAUCGUCGGCAUGGCCAGGUCGUCGUCGGCUCUGCUUCUCGCCCUGCUCGUGUUCGCGGCGUUCGUCGCCCAGCUGGGCGCCGCGACGCGCCCCGUCCCGGUCCAGCAGGCGGCGGCGGAGGAGGACGUGAAGCGCCCCGACACGGUGCAGGAGGGGACGGUGCUGAUCCCGGGGAUCGGGCGGUACGAGAUCGGCAGCCACUACAUCCCGGACAUCGGCGGGCUGGACCACAGCAUCCCCGCCGCCGCCAACGGGCAGUACCUCCCCGGCGCCGACGACACCUGGGUGCCCAACCCCGGCUUCGAGGUCCCCAACCCCUUCCGCCCCGGCGCGGCCACUCCAUGAUGAGCACCCACGCGCCCAGCGACGGUACGGUGGUGCUCGAGCUCGACCGGUCCGUCGUCUCGGCCUCGCCGCCAUUAUUCCCAGAAUAAUCCUCCACCGCUACGAGUAUAUAGCCAGAGCUAGCCGUGCGCCGCGUGCUUCGUGUUCCCUGCAUGCACGCAUGUCUGUGUGUUGUCCGUCCCACCUCUCUGCUGUCACUGUGUGCAGUUUGUGCUCGACGAGCGAUGUGUAGGACGAAGAAGCGUCGGAUCUUGGCCGAGUUGGUUUGUUAUUAUUAGCACGCAGCUUGUUUCUCCGCCAGUAUUAAUUCGAAUAAAGUUUGCUCGAUAUAUGUAGCUAUCAUCA